GAAGACCUCGUGGCCGUACAGGAGCAGUGGAAGCGCUGGGACGAGGCCAUCGCAGCUCUGCACCGGCUGAAUCCAUACGUACUCGUCCGGCUGAUGCUCGAAUGCAUCAACUGGAAGGCUUGACGCAAGAACUGGGGACGUAUCUUCGGGUUUCCAUCGGCGCUGGCGCUCGUGUCAUGAUGACUUGCACGCCACCAAAGGAGAUGCCGUUCAGGGCUUUUGGCUCACCACCGACGGCCCGCAGAGGUGUCUGGAGGGGCCCAUCGAAGAGGCUGCUUGAAGCCGAAUAAUUGGGAUGUCAGCGCGACAACUGGUCCAGUGUUGGUCGGCGAUUUGCACUAGUGACGUCGAUCAAUCUAGGUGUAUUAGAGACUCGGGACAAUUGGUUUGGAGUUUCUAUCUGGUCAC